GACUGCAGACAUAGUACAGGAAAUGACCAGAGACUGCGGACAUAGUACAGGAGAUGACCAGAGACUGCGGACAUAGUACAGGAGAUGACCAGAGACUGCGGACACAGUACAAGAGAUGACCAGAGACUGCGGACACAGUACAGGAGAAGACCAGAGACUGCGGACACAGUACAGGAGAUGACCAGAGACUGUGGACACAGUACAGGAGAUGACCAGAGACUGCGGAGAUAGUACAGGAGAUGACCAGAGACUGCGGAGAGGAGAUGACCAGAGACUGCGGACAUAGUACAGG